UUACGCUGCUUUCUCUCCGGCUGUAUGCUCGCACGCACCACUCCACCACGACGGCGUAUACGUGAUCGUGAACCAGCGCUCUCGGCGCGAACCAGCCAGCCAGCCAGCGUCGAUCGUCGGUUAGAGGCUCGCGAUCGCCCCAGCGUUGCGACCGGAUUUAUUUGGCUGGAGAAAUCGGUCGAAGCAAGACGUCUUGCCGCAUAAACGACACACGGUACCGAGACGAGAUCACGUGCGUGACGACCCGCUAAAAAGGAGCUUUCCCUCUCUCUCUCUUUCUCUCCCGCUGUUGUUCUUAUUCUCGCGCAUCACCCCAGCCGGAAAAAGGGGGAGCUUAUGCUGUGACGAAAUAGUGUGUAUGUGUGUGUGUGUGAUAGUGCCUGUGUUGCUCCUUAAUUCUUUCAUGCGCAUUUUUAAAUUCGAAUCUUGUAUCGGAAGUGAAAGGUGCCAAAGCGUGGAGUGAGCCCUGCCAUCGAAUCAGGUCGAUAAUUUGCAGGUGUUUAAUGCAAAAGUGUGUGUAUACUUGAGUGUGUUUGUGUGUGUUUGGGUGUUCGAUUACCGAAAAAGAAAAAUCCGGGAGUUGACCGCCAAGCCCGCCAAACAACGCCAACGCGAAAGAGAAAUGGAAUCGAAUCAGCGUGGUAAAAAAUAGUCGCGCGAGAAAGUGCACGAUUUGACGAGGUGUGCCGUGAAAGUGCAACGAGCGGAUUCGAGUGCAGCUGCAAUCGAACCUGGUGCCCCGAAAAAAAAUAAAACCGAAGACCCAACACCGAUAAGCAGUUGAUUCUUGAUUCACCACCACCCCACCCGGUAGUGUCAGUCGCCAUACUUCGACUCGAUUGAGAUUGCAUGACGUGCCCCACAGCUCACCGUCCAUCCAACCACCUUUGCCAAGCUCACCUAAAAGGAGGGUGAAAAUCGAACCGGAACCAAUCGGAGCGUUACAUUAGCUUGAGCAAAACGUUAUCGACGACGGCAACCAGCGCUGAAGCCAAAACGCUGCUGCUGUUUACUACUUUCUGGACGGAUUCUCCGGUGGAAGCUAUCCGGUCGAACGAUCGAUUCGAAGUACGACGAGCAGCAACUAAUUUUUGGUUAUUAAAUUCGUUGCCGAUGGUGCGUCUAGUGGAAGGAACUGAUAAAACCGAACGGAAGCAAGCCUUCAGCCUUAAACCCCAACCACGCACACACGCAACCGCCUAAGGAAUAAGGAAUUGUAGAAACAAAAAAAAACCGGCCCACACCGAAUUGCUGAAUUGAGCUAUUUCGUGUGAAAGGAUACAUCAAACGGGACGCAAAAAAGGGACGAAGUGAGUUCUAGCUUCCAUCAUGGUAACAAUUAGACGUCUAUCUCGGCCGAUGGCACUCGGCUCGGUACUGGUGCUACUGACGAUGGCUAACCUUCAUCCAACCGUGCAAGCAGUAAACGCGGAAAAUCACACCACCACCAGCUCACACCGCCCGAACGAGCUGCAGGAGUUUGAGAGCGCCCUGACCGACUACGUGGGCGAUUGGUUUAGUCGAAAUUCAAAGGAUUUAAUUGAAAGUGCGUUCGUCGCUGGACGACCAAAGGCCGACGGAACCACCACCAACUCGUCCACAGCGCUCAGCAACUUUGAUCGUGCCGUCAUAAAGGACGUCGCACGGUUUCUUGGUACGGCCGCAGAUGUUGCCGCAAGCCGCGCCUCGGCAAAGGCACCCGAAGCGGGACGGUUGUUUUUCUUCAAAGGCAUGAAGAAGCUUCUCUGGCCCGUCAUGAUUGGAUUGCAGAUUGUAAAAACCGUCCUGGUCAUGAUGUUCCUGCCCAGCAUCAUCGGUUCACUCGGCAAAAUAGUGGGCAAAGCAGGACUGUCGUCGGUUUCUGGAUUGUCCCAUCCGGUGCAGACGGUGGACGAUCUAGACUUCAAGGACACCACGUCUUACAAUGCGGACCACGACUUUGGCAUGAACGACGGGCACGGCUAUUUGCCGUCGGAUGAUGCUCACGCCGCAGGAACGAGCUACAACUCCAUCAUCUACGACCAGGCCUCAAUGGGCGCUCACACCAAUGCAGCCAACGCCUUGUCCCGGCUAGGGUACGGUGGUGGCCGCGUAACAUAUGUCGGACCAUCGAUGGCACAGGCAGCGAACCGGCGGAAGCAACAGUCGGCCAAGAACGAUUUCAAAAUAUUCCACGACAUCCCGAGCAGCAGCCUGCUGCUGACGAACUACGACCCCUUCUACAGUCCGCUCCUGUCCCGGCUCGAUGCCAUCUUUGCCCAGAUGGGAUUAUCCAACAGGGAGGAACAGUGCCGGCAGCGGCUCGUCUGCCUGAUGUACGCGAAUCCGGCCAAAUAUGCACCGUACAGUAAUCUGAUAUCGGCGCAGCUGAGCAGGGAACUGGAUGAGCUGCGGAAACCGACCAACGAUAAUCCCGACAUUCUGCGGUUCUUCAAGUACAUGCGAGCGGCCAAGGAUGGGCAGGACGGGGUGGACUGUGACGCGCACUACAAGGAGUGCAUCGGGUACAAGGACCUAUCGAAUCCGGCCAUGGUUACCACGUUCAAUGAUAUCAACAAGCUCGUCCAUGCCCGCAAACUGUAGCUCGGAAGCCGCCCGAAAAAGGAUAGAAAGAUUUCAAACGCCAUCUAAACAGCUACGGCAACGGGGCGAGGAUGCUUCGUUCUCCUGCCUUAGUUGCCUUACACAUUCACUACGAGGAUAAAGCGAACUGGAGCCAGCAGUUGGUUUCUGUGUGUUAGGGGACCCCCCGGACGGCCCCGAUGGUGAUGGGAAUAUUACGUGAAUGAAUAUCGCUCGUUCAUGAAGUACUAGCACUAGCAGCAAAAGCUUAUGCAGUGUUGCUCCGUUGGAAGUUAAUCGGCUUUGUCCCGAUUCUGUUUGUUGCUUUCCAAUCCCUUUCUCUUCCGAGGAAAAAUCGAUCGACGGUGGAUUUAUUUAUGAAGCUAUUUAUUUAUUUAUUUAAAUUAUUUAUUUAUUUAUUUAUUUAAAAUCUGCGACUCGUCUUACUGCCGCUGCCGUCUUGAUCCGGGGAGGGAAGCAAAAUCUUUAAACAUAUCUGCUAUGUACAGGUUGUGUGUAUGUGUGUAUUUAGGAGGUUUGCCCACGAGUGAAUGUUGAAAGAAAGUAAUGUGGGCACGGUGGGAAAUGAAAUGCGAACCAGUGGCAUUAUAAUUAAGAACAAUGAAGAACAUGCAGCCGGGAUGUCCUACUAUGGCAGUUCCGGAUCGAGCGAAAGCUCCGAAAAGAAACUCUGCGGUUGCAGAGUAGAGUAACGUUACGAACACGUCAGCGAUGUGCUGAUGUGCCCUUGCGUCGGUUGGGGCUUGAUGUGGUGGAUGUAAAUUAUAGUAGUGUCGUUCAUACAAGACGACAGUCGUGACAGAGACAAAACGCCCAAUGUCUAGAAUGUAGAAUCCGUCACUAGUAAAGGGACCGUGCGUGGUAGAAUGUGUGUUAGAAUGUAGCGUGUUUGGAAAGGGAGGGGAAGGGAAAGAGCUCACUGGGCGCGAAUUUGGACGCGCAAGCAGUCGUGAACAAUAAAGGGUCCCGCCGUACGA